AUUGAGUUUCUCCGCCCAGAGAGCGAGAUGACCAUGUGUCAAACCUCGACGUCUACAAGCUGAGACAUGUCGACCAAGGGGAAGUUUGUCAUCAAGCCAUUUCGGCCACACUGUCAAAUGGACGCGGAGCAGGCGCAGCGGAUCUGGGCGCAGCUUCGCUUGGCUGUUUCGGAGAUUUACAACAAGAACGCAUCUGUCUUGUCGUUUGAGGAACUGUACCGCAAUGCGUAUAAUCUCGUCCUACACAAGCACGGCGACCUGCUGUACGACGGAGUCCAGGAAACGGUUGAAAUGCGACUCCGCUCAGCGCGUCCUCGCUGUGUUUGUACGCUCUACGAGCAGCUUUUGAGCCAGAUCUGUGAGCAGUGGAAGGAGCACCAGGUGACCAUGGUCAUGGUUCGUGAUAUCCUCAUGUACAUGGAUCGCACGCGCGGAGCCCCGGGGUAUGUCCCACAGAAUAAAAAGAUGGCCGUCUACGAUGUCGGCCUGCGGGCAUUCCGUGAAACGAUUACACGCCAUGACCAUGUGCGCGACCGACUGCGGUGUGUGUUGCUCGAGAACGUGAGGAUUGAGCGGGCCGGGAGGUUAAUCGAUCAGACUGGGAUGCGAUGCGCGCUUUAUAUGCUUGCUGAUCUUGGGAUUGAGAGUAGCAGCGUGUAUGAAGAGGACUUUGAGUGC